AUGCACGGCCCUCCACCUACUAGUCCCAUUCCACCAAUACCUACCGGCCAAACUGCAGCAGGUAAACGAUCUGCAAGUGCUACAACCUACUAUGAAUCACAUGCAGGCACAUCAUCAACUCAUUCAGUUUCAAGCUCGAGACGUACUUUGAAUUCACAAACGCUUAUUGCCGCGGUCAGGGCUGGAAACAGUAAUACCAUUUCUCCGCCACUUCCUCAGCAUGUCCUUGGACGUAUCACUGAGCUUGCGCCUCGUUACAUCCAGCUUCGACACGAAGAAAAAUCACUUCUCGAAGCUGAAAAAGCAUUGAACAAUGUUCAAAAUAGACUUUCAGCCACGCAAGAGUAUUUAAUGCAGUAUGAAAAAGAGAUUUCAGAGUUGGACACAAGGAUCGAGUAUGAAAAGAAAGCAAGAAGUCGAACGUUUUUAGGAAGUAGAACCAAACAUAAUUUAGCAAUUGUAGAUUUAGAAGAAAGAAGAGCCACCGUAGAUCUGAGUAUUUCUGCUUUGAAAAGGGAUCUUACAUCGCUGCAACUUCAGCGACACGAUUUAAGAGAUGUGGCAAGAAAAACAAAGCAAAUCCGAGACGAACUUCAAAAUAUAUUUACAGAGCUAUUUGAAGGAUUUCCAUCGGAAUUUCCCGAAGAACGUGAGCUAGAUCUUAAAGUCACUGAUUUGGCCAUUCGUGUUCAAAGUCUCAAGGAUCAACACGAUCUUACUACACGAAUACACACAUUGCUUGUGGAGAUACACACUGGACUGGAUUGUAUACAUAUAUCAAUAAUCAAAGGAAAACUCAAGCCAUCAAAGGUAGUCGAGCAAGUUAUGGACACCACACGUGUAUUUGAAGUGGUACAAAGACUUAGACCAGGAAUCAUGGACCCAUUUAAAGGUAUAGAUCCCAGUGAUUCGCACCUGACCGAUCGACGCAUUAAUCCAACCGAAGCCAAUUUAACUCUCAUCCAGUCAACUCUUGCAACACUCAUUGAAGAACUAGCAUGGGAAUCCACUGGAUUUGCCAAAGAGUUGGAAACCACUAAGCAAAAUCAUAGAGCCGCAACACAACAAUUAGAGCGUGAGCGACAUCGAGUUGUGCUAUUGGCAGUUGCAGUAAAGCAACAACAGCUGCGAGAAAGUGCAUCAACACUAAAACAAUCACAGUUGGAACUCAGUGGUGAUGAUCUAAGUGGAUCAACACACCACUCACAAUCUAUAGUUGAUGUGGCAUCGUAUCGUGGAUCCUACUCGAGCUUUGAUACACCUCUUGGCGAUGUAGCUAGCAACAAUGAAGGUUUUGGUCUAGUUGCUGCACAGCCCAUUUUGAACGAACGCGAUAGUAUAGCAAGUAUACGGCGGUCGUCUUGGUUAAAUGGAUCUAGAUUUGGAUCGCCAUCGUCAUCCCCGACGUCUAUAUCAUCUCCCUUGUUGCCUAUAUUGUCACCACCACUUGUGCACCGAUGGCCAGUAUCUCCAAUAUCUCCACGUACUGCUCAAACUUCUCGUUUCAAUGGAAUAGAGGGCUUGCGUCGCGAAUCUAUUGCGACUAAACCUUCCAUGCCACUUUUUGAAAGAACAGUAUACAUACAAGGAAUUUCAGGCGACCCUGUUGCUGUUGCAACCGGGGAGUUGCCGGCUUGGGCUCGCAGGGCAGAAAAUGUACCCAAAGGAGUUGCCAUGCCAGCAAGAAAGAGUUUUGCAGUAAGACGAGGUGGAAAGUACUGGUGA